GGGAGAAGGGACCAUGUGGAUCACAGGUACCUGGAGCUGGAAAGCAGCGGCCAUCGGAAUGAAGUCAGAUUGCACUACCGCACAGGCAGUCGCCCUCACACGGAGGUGUUCCCUUACGUUCUGCCUGAUGACAAGUGGCACAAGCUCUCUUUAGCCAUCAGUGCCUCCCAUUUGAUUUUGCACAUUGACUACAAUAAAAUAUAUGAAAGAGUGGUGGGAAAGCCUUCCAUGGACUUUCCUCUGGGCACAACAUUCUGGCUAGGACAGAGGAAUAAUGCACAUGGCUAUUUUAAGGGUAUAAUGCAGGAUGUGCAAUUACUUGCCAUACCCCAAGGAUUUAUUGUCCAGUGCCCAGAUCUUAAUCGCACCUGCCCAACUUGCAAUGACUUUCAUGGACUUGUGCAGAAAAUCAUGGAGCUACAGGAUAUUUUAGCCAAAACAUCAGCCAAGCUGUCUCGAGCUGAACAGCAAAUGAACAGAUUGGAUCAGUGCUAUUGUGAACGGACUUGCACCAUGAAGGGGACCACCUACCGAGAAUUUGAGUCCUGGACAGAUGACUGUAAGAACUGCACAUGCCUGAAUGGAACCAUCCAGUGUGAGACUCUGAGCUGCCCCACUCCUGACUGUCCACGAAAGAUGGCGCCUGCAUAUGUGGAUGGCAAGUGCUGUAAGGAAUGCAAAUCUAUAUGCCAGUUUCAAGGACGAACCUACUUUGAAGGAGAAAGGAAUACAGUCUAUUCCUCUUCUGGUGUAUGUGUUCUAUAUGAAUGUAAGGACCAGACCAUGAAGCUGAUUGAGAGUUCAGGCUGCCCAGCUUUGGAUUGUCCAGAGUCUCAGCAGAUCACCUUGUCACAUAGUUGUUGCAAAGUUUGUAAAGGUUAUGACUUUUGUUCUGAAAGGCACAACUGCAUGGAGAAUUCUGUCUGCAGAAAUCUCAAUGACAGGGCUGUCUGUAGCUGCCGGGAUGGGUUCAGAGCUCUUCAUGAGGACAAUGCCUAUUGUGAAGACAUUGAUGAGUGUGCUGAAGGACGCCAUUACUGUCGCAAGAACACCAUGUGUGUCAACACCCCGGGCUCUUUCAUGUGUAUUUGCAAGACUGGUUACAUCAGAACUGACGAUUAUUCAUGUACAGAGCACGAUGAAAGUGUCACAAAUCAGUACAACUUAUGCUUCAACACUGUCAGAGGACACAACUGUGUUUGCAAGCCUGGCUACACAGGGAAUAGAACCACGUGCAAAGCAUUUUGCGGAGAUGGCUGUAGGAAUGGAGGAGCUUGUAUUGCUGCUAAUGUGUGUGCCUGCCCACAAGGCUUCACUGGCCCCUGCUGUGAAACAGGAGAAAGAUGGAGGAGCACAUCGCGUGGUGAUUAGGUGUU